GCAAGACUCCAGUCUAUGGCAGUAUUCUUCGCAAUAUGGAAAAGGAGUAGAAGUGUCAAAAACUGUAUCCUCAUUACUGGUCUCUGCGAUUCAGGAAAAACAUUGAUCUACUCACACCUUCUCCACAGUAAAUAUGUUGGAACCCAUACGUCUAUAAAAGAGAAUAUCGGGGAUUAUGUUGUGAAAAAUAGAGCCCUCCGAUUGAUUGAUAUCCCAGGCCAUGAAAGGCUUCGCGGCAGAUAUAUUGACGCCUACAAAGGAUUAGCACGUGGAGUGAUCUUUGUUGUAGAUUCGGUCACCUUACAGAAGGAAAUCAGGGAUGCUGCUGAGUUCUUGUACACAUUGCUGUUAGAUCCUGUGCUGCUUAAGGCCAAACCACAACUUUUGAUCUUGUGCAACAAACAAGAUCAGACGAUGGCGAAGGCAGCUAAUGUUGUCAAAUCUCUUCUAGAAAAAGAAUUGAAUGUUCUAAAAGUGACAAAAACAAACCAGCUCACGAGCAUAGAAGGCUCUUCCAACACCGCCUAUCUUGGGAGCGCAGGAAAAGAUUUCGAUUUCACUCAAAGCACAAUUCCAGUCGAUUUUGCAGAAUGCUGUGCCUUCCGAAAAGAUGAGAACACUGAACCUGAACUGAAAGUAUCCCAAAAUGGCUUGAAAGCUUUGUUUGAGUGAUGGAUAAUCCUACUCAAUUUCAUGACUUCUUCACUUGUCUAGUUUGAAACAAUCUGAUGAAUAAUAAAUUUUUAUUAUUCGAUUAUAUAUUAUAAAAAUUGGGUAUUGAUUAAGUUAUUACUGCCAUCUGUUUUGCGAUUUUUCAAAUAAAUCAAAAGUAUUUAUUUU